AUGGAUAAGAGCUCAGCUACACCAAAUGAUUCAUUUACAAGUGCCAUGACACUUACUGAAGAGGGACUAACCUGUAUUCCCAAACGUUACAUCGUUCCAUCAUCCCUACGCCCCAACGGAACCUUGUCCAACUCCAACACAUGCUUGCCAAUUGUGGAUCUAUCCUUACUGCAACACCCUCUUCUUCGGCCUCAGAUAAUCCAGCAAGUACACCUGGCCUGCAAGGAACUAGGUUUUUUCCAGGUAGUCAACCAUGGAAUUCAAUUGUCAGUCAUGAAAGAUGCAUUAGAUAAUGCGAUUGAGUUAUUCGAUUUACCAAGUGAAGAGAAACUGCAUCUCUUGUCUUCAAAUGUUCAUGACCCCGUAAGGUAUAGUACCAGUCUAAAUGAUGACAAAGACAAAGUAUCCUUUUGGAGAGACUUCCUCAAGCACUAUGCUAAUCCAAUCUCAAAUUGGAUAGAUUUGUGGCCAUCAAAUCCCACAUUUUACAAGGAGAAAAUGGGAAAUUACACAAAGGCAGUACAAAAGUUGCAAGAAGAAAUCAUGGAAGUAAUAUUUGAGAGCUUAGAACUAAACCCCGAUUACUUACAUGAAGACAUUGCAAAAGGCUCCCAGGUCAUUGCCGUUAAUUGCUAUCCAGCAUGUCCUGAGCCGGAUCUUGCACUAGGCUUGCCACCACACACAGAUUAUUCUUUGCUAUCCAUCAUUCUUCAAAAUCAUCAGGGCUUGCAAAUCAUGGAUCGAGAUGAAAAGUGGCAUUCGGUUCCAGUCAUUGAAGGAGGCCUCAUUGCCCUGGUGGGAGAUCACAUGGAAGUCUUGAGCAAUGGUCAAUACAAAGGUGUUGUCCACCGAGCAACAGUUAACUCAGAGAAAAAGCGCCUUUCCAUUGCCAGUCUUCACAGUCUAGCUUUAGGAAAAAAAGUUAGACCUGCCCCAGCGCUUGUCGAUGAACAACAUAUAUUGUCCUAUAACGAAGGAGGAUUCAGUGAUUUCCUUGACUUCAUUUCUGGAGAAGAUAUUGUGCAGGUAAAGUACAUAGAUAAAUUAAAAAUAAAUCCAUGAUAAUUAUAUAUAGUCCACGGACAGCAGAUAAUCUGU